CUCUCUCUCUCUCUCUCUCUCUCUCUCUUUCUCUGUAGUCAGUAGUUUGUUUUUCUCCGGGCUGGAAGUUGCAGCUCAGUUCAGUUUGGUUCCACACGCGCGGACACCGAUGAGGUGAGUUGAGCGCUCGAGAGCAGGAAGAAGAGGGGUAGUCCAGCCUUUAACACGCACACACACGCACGCACAGGGGCUCAGGUUUCUAGUCUUGUGCUCGCGCUCUCCACUUUAAAGCGCAUUAGCUUAUUUCUGGUGCGUAAUAAAGGCGGCUGAGAGCGCGCGCGUUGUUGGUGGGGUGUUGGGGGCAGGUAAACGGGGGGCAGGGUGUCCGUGUUAGUGCUCCUGAUCUCGAGCGCGGACAGUUAAAGCCUCUCUCUCUCUCCGCCUCCUCUGGAAUAACACACGCCGCAGCGCGCGGAGCUGGACGCUCCUGGAUAUUUACCCUCCGUACCUUCGCCAUCUUCAUCCUCCUCAGCCUGUCUGGACUCUACGGCGCUGUAGGACUCGGACUUCUGUGGAUUAAUAUGAGAAGGAGCUGCGCGUGCCGCUCCGCGCUCGGUUCAGAAGCUCCAGGUAACAGCCCCGUUCGUGCGGUAGCGGCAGUGUGUAUCCUGCAGAGGGAGAUGUGUUGGAGGAGCGAAUCCGUUCUCGGCCUGCUGCUGCUGCUGCUGCCGGUUCACCAUGCUGUCAGUUUCCCCGAGGACGCCGUCCCCGUGGACACCGUGGACAGACACUAUUCCCGGCAGUAUCCGGUGUUCCGGGGCCGGCCGUCGGGAAACGAAUCACAGCACCGGCUGGACUUCCAGCUGAUGACGAAGAUCCAGGACACGCUCUUUAUCGCCGGCAGGGACCAGGUCUAUUUAGUGAGUCUGAGGGAGUCUUACAGGAACGAGAUCAUUCCCUACAGGAAACUAACGUGGAGGUCGGGCCAGGCGGACAGAGAGACGUGUGCCAUGAAGGGAAAACACAGAGAUGAGUGCCAUAACUUUAUUAAGGUCCUGGUUCCCAGAAAUGAUGAUCUAGUGUUCAUCUGCGGCACUAACGGCUUCAACCCCAUGUGCCGUUACUACAGGCUGGAUAACCUGGAGUUUGAUGGUGAGGAGAUCAGUGGGUUGGCACGAUGCCCAUUUGAUGCCAAGCAGACCAACGUUGCCCUGUUUGCAGACGGUAAACUGUACUCGGCUACAGUAGCAGACUUCCUGGCCAGUGAUGCGGUGAUUUACCGCAGCAUGGGGGAUGGAUCUGCACUCAGAACCAUCAAAUAUGACUCUAAAUGGUUAAAAGAGCCGCACUUUCUGCAUGCAGUGGAUUAUGGGAACCAUGUUUAUUUUUUCCUACGAGAGAUCGCAACAGAACACAACAACCUGGGGAAGGUGGUGUACUCUAGAGUAGCUCGUAUCUGUAAGAACGACGUUGGAGGUUCUCAGCGUGUUUUGGAGAAGCACUGGACGUCGUUCGUUAAAGCACGGCUAAACUGCUCCGUACCCGGAGAGUCCUUCUUCUACUUCGACGUGCUUCAGUCCGUCACUGACAUCAUCAACAUUAAUGGCGUGCCGUCUGUCGUGGGAGUGUUUACAACACAGCUAAACAGUAUCCCAGGCUCGGCCGUCUGUGCUUUCUCUAUGCCGGACAUCGAGAAGGCUUUCCGUGGACGCUUUAAGGAACAGAAAACCCCGGAUUCCGUCUGGACGCCGUUCCCCGAGGAGAAGCUGCCCAAGCCCAGGCCAGGCUGCUGUGCGGGUCACGGAUCAGCAGAGUCUUACAAAAGCUCCAUCGAGUUUCCGGACGAGACGCUGCAGUUCAUUAAGUCUCACCCGCUGAUGGACGCCGCCGUGCCGUCUAUAGGAGAUGAGCCGUGGUUCACCAAAACCAGAGUCAGAUACAGACUGACUGCUCUGGCGGUGGACAACGCUGCCGGUCCCUUUAACAAUUACACAGUGGUUUUUAUCGGCUCUGAGGGUGGGAUAGUUCUGAAGGUUCUGGCCAAGACGACAGCGCUGUCGCUCAAUGAGAGCGUCCUGCUGGAGGAGAUCGACGUCUUCAACCAGGCCAAAUGUUUGUCCACUAAUGAGGACGAUCGGCGUAUUCUGUCCUUCCACCUGGACAAAGACUCACAAACUCUGUUUGUGGCGUUUUCCAGCUGUGUGGUGCGGAUUCCGCUGAGCCGCUGUGAGAGACACCGAACCUGCCAUAAGUCGUGUAUUGCCUCCAGAGAUCCGUACUGUGGCUGGAUGCCUCAUGGAGCCUGUGAGAGAAUUCCAGCAGGAGUGCAGUCAGGUUUUGAGCAGGAUGUUGAAUUUGGAAACACGGCACGACUCGGAGACUGUCACGAGUUUUUGACUACUGCUUCAGCGCCAGAUUUCAAAUCAUAUGGCGACCCAACUUCUGACAUGGAGUUACCAGCACCGUCAGUCACGCCGUCCGCCGCCUCAGGCCCCGUAGAAUCACCCCAAACUGUUCCCUCUCUGCCUCCCACACUCUUUGGCUCACGGAAAUUCGUUCUCCGAGAUGACCCAGACACUUCCCAAUCAUUCCCGGGGGUGCUGGAGGGUGUGUGGGAGAUCCAGUCGGGUGAUUCCAACCAGAUGGUACACAUGAACAUCCUCAUUACGUGCGUUUUUGGCGCCUUCCUCCUGGGGGCGCUAAUCGCCGGGAUGAUCGUCUACUGUUACCGCGAUGCCUUCCUGCGCAAACCACGCAAGAUCCACAAGGAUCAAGAGUCGGCGCAGUCUUGCACGGAUUCCACGGGAAGCUUCGCCAAGCUCAACGGCCUCUUUGAAAGCCCAGUAAAGGAGUACCCGCAUCCGAUGGACACGCCCAAGCUCUAUUCCAGCCUGCUCAGUGGGGGGAAAGAGGUGCCACCAUCACCAGACACCAAGACCAUGAUCCUCAGUGGGCAGAAUCCAGACCUGACUGCUCUGCCUACUCCCGAAUCCACACCAGUGCUUCAGCAGAAGACCAUGCAGCCUGUCAAAAACCAGUGGGAGAGGGCACAGGGGAAGCUUGGGCGCAAGGAAGGUCCGCCCAAGAGUCCCCAGUACCUUCCAUCCAACUCUCCUACACACCCAGCUAUCGGGAACCAUCAGAUCCCAAGUGCCGUAGUGCUUCCCAAUGCCACACACGAGCAUCGGGCAUCUAGUCCUGAGGGUUCCCGACCAGAGAAGAAGGUCCAAAACAGCGAACAUCAUGGCUCCAAAUCAGGCCGCAAGGAACACCGACGCUCAGUGGAUGCAAGAAACACGCUAAACGACCUUCUGAAGCACCUGAAUGAGAAUAACAGUGGUCCUAACCCCAACAAGGGCAUCAUGGUCGAGGUACCACGUCCUCGGCAACACCUGAUGCUGGAACCCUUGGGCAACGUAGCGGAAAUCCCGCCCAAGGUACCAAGCAGGGAAGCAUCUCUCUACUCUCCGUCCUCUUCACUGCCCAGAAACAGCCCGACCAAGCGGGUGGAUGUGCCCUCCACACCCACUUCGCCCACCGGGCAACCAGGUGGUACGCUGGAGAGGCAAAGGUACCACCGAGGAUCCUCUCAGCGCCAUUCAAUCUCCUCUCCACCCAAAGGGUUACACUCACCCAAUGGGGUGAUGGUGACCCGACAGCCUAGUUUCAGCAGGGGCGGGUACGUGCCGCCCACGCCACCCUCUAGACUGGACUCCCAUGGGGUGCCAAUGGCCAUGACACCCUCAGUGUCCCGGCAGAGCAGCUACAGUGGGCACGGCUCUCUGCCUCGGACCAGCGUCAAACGGACAGCUUCAUUAAAACCUGACGUGCCGCCCAAACCUAAUGGCUUUGUGCCGCAGACUGCUCAGAUGAGGGUUGUGAACAAGUACAGCUACUGAUGGGGCUCGUUUUUUGCGGGCCGGUGAAUAAAGUGAACAGGACACUGGAUGUCAACAUAAAUGAGCUGUAGAGGGUCCAAACAUGAUGUCCUCGUGCCGAAUGCCUUUGCAAAGGGCCAGUGAACAGGACACUGGAAGUAAAAAAAAAAUAUGCUCAUUUGCCCUGCGGAGGGUCCGAACCUGGAUGUCCUCUUGCUGGGGAAAGCAUGGCAGAGACGCAGAAAUCCUUCCGCAGGCUCUUGCUAACUUUAUUUCACGCCAUGUUAAAAUCUGAUUGACAGGUGAUGAUGGCCUCUGACCUUCAAGGCGGCAGGGUCGUCUGAGGUCUGAGGUCUCGGGUGCAGCGGCAGUGAACUCUACGCUGUGGGAAUACUUGAAGAAAGCCUCUUGUUCCUCCGUGCCACCCCGCAGCGAUGCAAACCCAGCAGAAAUGAGGGCGGUGGACGGAGGAACGUGUGCAUUAGGCAAAAACUUGCUGUUUUAAAGACGACAAAACUGCAGAGCACGUCCGUGUGAGAGAACAUGUUUUAUGCUUUUAGCAGCAUCCAAGGGAGGGACAGAGACUCUUUAUUUUCAGAGGAGUAGCCUCUGGGGUUAACCAGUCUGCAUUCAGCGCUCACACAAAAGGAUGCACUUACAGCUGGCUUGUCUCCAGCUGCAGUCAUUACUGUCAUAAAACUAAAAAGCCCAUUUCAGGGUAAGUUAACAUCACACGUGUGUGUGUGGUGCCGUAGAGGCAGAUAUUAAUCAAGCGUUUCUGUGUGCAGAGGAAAUGUCCAGGGUGCCUACUUGGACGAUGUUUUUUUGUUUUUUUAACUCACUGAGGACUUACUUUUUGCUGCUAUUGGGUUAGAUGAAAAGUUGUUGUGCAUUUUUGGUGCCUGUGCAUUGAUCGGCUCAGCCUGAGCCCUUGCGCUUGCAGGUUUGUGUUCGAUCUCGCUGAUCUGGUACGGCAUUUUGUCUCUUCCCAAUUGGGCCUAUGGAGACACAGUGAAGCCUGUAGACUCAUACAGCACUUCAUAAACCGUGAAUUAUACCCACUUUCUCUCUCUUUCACUUCACAAACCGGAUUUCUGGUUUUCCCCCAAAUACCAAGUGCUGGAGCCGUGCUUCUCUGAAUUAGACUAUUGAAACCUUUACGAAAUAAAGGCAGCCUUUAUGACCAAAAGAAUCCCCCCUAGGAGUCAAAUAAGGUAACCUCAUCCUGUUCUAUCUUAUGCUAUCCUAAACGUGAACAUAUUUUUUCCCCCUUACGAAAUUUGGUCUAGUGUAGAAACAUUUCAUCUUACUGUAUUAGCCAUUAUAUUUAACUAAUAUUAAACCACAGAUGGCACAUUCAGCAGGCAAGGUGCAAUGUGUCCACAUCGCUCAGUACAGGCCAAAUUCACUGUCUGGGUCCGUAAAGCUCCUGGAAAACCACGCCUCAGCCAUUAAAUUGAUUAUCACAAUGAAUCGUCGUAACAUCUACCAAUGUGUCCUACAGAGUCAUGCCGGUAAUGACGUUAUUGUAAAUAUAUAAAUAUAUGAAUAUGGAUAUUUCAGAGGCAAGUGUACCGGGGUUUGUGUAUUCUGUGCCUUAUUAAAAGACUCAACGUUUUUGAUUUGGUUCAGGCAUCGUGUUGCAACCACUGCGCGCAUUUUGACCACAGAUUGGGAAGAAAAGUAAACUGAAGUGAGAACAAUAAAACUUUAUGCAUUUGCCAUUUAUUACAAAGGUGUUUUUCUUUCUCUUUUUCCUCUUUCUGGUCAUCGAAGGGUAUCAUUAGAGCCGGUUGGAGAACGCACUCAGACACUGGAAUGUAGACACACUUUCAUUCUGCAAAACUACGCUCGCUCUUUUCACGACACGGAAAGAGCAGGUUCAAACGUAACGAGGGAAACGAGACUUGCUUUUUUCUUGAAAUACUUUUGAAUAAAAGAAAAACCAACGUCUUGUCCGUUCUCCAGCCGGCUGUCAAGAUCCGACACUGCGGUUUCGUUUACACGCGAUGAUUGUAUUUAAGUAACUGCCUGUGCGCUGAGCUGCUGGACGCCUGACCUGACUGCUCCACUGCCUUGUAUAUUGCAAUAUGAACUUGUUUUUUCUGUUGCAAUUUGAAACAAAGCCUUCACAUUUCAGCCAACUGUUCCGUGUGCAAACGUAAAACCGACUGCCCUACCUGCAUCGUGUUUUUUUUCUUUUUUAAUUUUGUUUUUAUUUUUUUACUGUGCAAAACUGGGACUCAUUUGCUUUUUUUUUGUUUUCCAGAGUAUUUUAACGUGUAGAUAUGUUGCAAAAACUGUACUGUGAACAUGUAAAUAAUACCGUCAUUGUUAAGGAUAUUUUUGUUGAUUUUUUUUAACACGGCAUGUAUAGUUGAAAUAAAAUAUUACUGCACAUAUCA